AUGAGUAACGAUCGAAGAAAAACUUUACCAGUAGUAAAGAUAGAACAUGAUUUAGAUGAGGAGUGUUUACCCAAGCGCGUUUUACCCAUUCUUGGAGCACCUUAUUCGCCCGAAAGAGACGGGGAGCUCAUCCAAGAUGAGCCAGUGUCUCCAUUAAACACUACCAGCAUGCCCAUACCUCAACCACCUUCUGCCAUUCCCAGUUGGCUUAAACUAGCGGCCGAGGACGAAGAGGGUAAAGGUCAAGCCAAUACAAGGGUACGUCAUUCGGUUGGUUUAGACGUACCAGGCGCAGUGCAUACCAUCACCACACCAAAAUUAAAAACAGAACGUCAAUUAGAUAGUAAACUUGUCGUCAUUAUGGUCGGAUUGCCUGCGCGUGGAAAAAGUUAUCUUGUCAAAAAGCUGAGACGUUAUUUAAACUGGCUUCAGUAUGAAACCAAAGUAUUUAAUGUGGGUAACAUGAGACGUGUAGUAGAAAACUCACAAGACCAAUCUGCCAAUUUCUUUGACCCAAAUAAUCAAGACAUGAAGAGAAUACGUGAUGAAAUUGCACUGAGUGUCCUUGAACAAUUAAUUGGUUGGUUAAAAGAUGGCGGAAGAGUUGCUAUUCAUGAUGCUACAAAUUCAACGCGUGCUAGAAGAAAGUUAUUAAUUGAUAGGUUAGAAAGAGAGCCAGAAAUUAGAGUGCUGCUAAUAGAAUCUGUCUGCACCGACCAAAUGAUGCUGGAGCGUAACUUUCGAUUGAAAUUAUCAGGACCAGAUUAUAAAAACAAGGACCCAGUGGAAGCAUUAGCUGAUUUCAGAUCUCGUGUAACCAAUUACGAAAAAGCAUAUGAACCCAUAGGAGAUUGGGAAGAAGCACAUGAUAUUCAAUUUUGUAAAUUGAUCAAUGUUGGUAAAAAAGUCAUUGCUUACAACAUUUCCGGUUAUCUAUCUGGCCAAUGUAUUUUUUAUCUCAUGAAUUUCAAUUUAAAUGAGCGUCAAAUAUUUGUGACCAGACACGGGGAGAGCGAGGAUAAUGUCACGGGACGCAUUGGUGGUGAUGCGCCAUUAUCCGAAAAGGGACAAAAGUUUGCAAAGGCACUUGCCAAAUUCACACAAUCACAGCGGAUCAAAUUUGCUUGUGAAUUGGCUUCCAAAGCCACAGAACUGGAACCAGAGGAAAAUCAAACACAUGCAAACGCAUUACAGACAACUGCAAAAUUUUGUAACUCUCAGUUUACGAUCUGGACGAGCAUGUUACAAAGAUCUAUGCAGACUGCAGAGUAUUUCGAUCCUGAUGAUUAUGAUAUCAAACAUAUUCGCUUCUUGAACGAAAUUAAUUCCGGUAUUUGUGAGGGUAUGACAUAUCAAGAAAUUCAACAGAAACAUCCUGCAGAAUAUAAAUCAAGACAAGCAAACAAAUUGUUUUAUCGCUAUCCGGGUAUGGGAGGAGAAUCCUACAUCGAUGUCAUCCAUCGUCUCCAACCCAUGAUUGUCGAAUUAGAACGAAUGACUCAAUCUUGUUUGAUAAUCACUCAUCGCGUGGUGAUGCGUAUUCUGUUAGGCUAUUUACUGGAUUGGACUCGAGAAGAAAUGCCCCACAUGAUGGUGCCUAUUCAUACUGUCUAUGAACUGCGUCCUAAGCCAUAUGGUACUGAAUUAAAAAAAUGGCAAUACAUGGAAGAUACAGAUUCCUUUGUCGAAUUCUAA